AUGAGGUUAAAUCGUCAAGUAAAAGUUACUAAGUUAAUUCCUGAGGAAAUUUUUACAUAUUUCCAUGUAUGUUUGCCAAACAUACUGAAUAAUGUUAUUGCGAAGAGAGAUUAUAUACAAUCUUCUGGAAUAGCAGAUCACAUUCAAAAGAUAACACAAUAUAAUGUUACCGGUGGGAAGCACCUUAGAAGUUCCCUGACUUUGCAUUCAUUUUUAACUCUAGCAGCUGCUAACGCAAAAGAAGAAGCUUUAUAUAAAGCUUGUGUAUUAGCUUGGGCUACUGACAUGGUACACGCUUGUUUCACAAUAUCAGACGACAUAGAAGAUGAAGCGAGUAUGCGACGAGGUAAACCGUGCUGGCAUUUGGUACCAAAAGUGGGAAUGCGAGCCAUCAAUGAUAUAUCGCUGAUCCGAGGUUUAAUCUAUGACGUACUUAAUGUUACCUUCGAAGAUCAGGCUAUAGUCAAUGAUGUUAGGAAAAUGUUUGAUAAGGCAUUUUUCUUGACAGCAAUUGGACAGCAUUUAGAUAAUGAGGCAUCGCAAAUUACUGAUCGAAUAUAUUUGGCAAAUAAAACAACGGCUAAUACCCAGCAAUACGUGGAAAGUAUGUGUAUGGAUAUUGCUCGACUUUAUCAAAUGCAGGACGAUUACUUCGAUUGUUUCGGAAGUAAAGAUGUUGGAAAAUCAUGCACAGAUAUUCAAAAUUCUAAAUGUUCGUGGCUAGCAGUUAAAGCGCUUCAACGUUGCAGCCAACCUCAAAAAAUUGUGUUUAAAUCAUGUUAUGGAAGUGAAGAAUUUGCACACAUUGAACGCAUUCAGCAGCUUUAUAAAAUAUUGCAGUUACCCGAAAUGUAUAAAGACGAAGAGAAAGCGCUUUAUGACGAUAUCUCGCACCGAGCAAACGCCUCAAAAGAUAUACUACCACCUGCAUUAUUUUUGGAUUAUUUGAACGUUAUUUAUAACAGAAUGUUGUAA